AUGGCGUCCACGCUCUUUCAUACCCGGUCUUUGCCGGCCAUCACCCUGACAUUCACUCUUUUCACUUCGAUAACCCUCGGAAGCCAGCUGUUCACCACCAACACUGUGCCAGAGGGGCUAAGCGCAGGAUGUUCUAAUGCUCUCGUGGCCGAUAUCCCUUGUGGGAACGGCAUCACCCUGUUCACCAGAGGGGAGUAUUAUCCCCUCACAGACUUAAAAGCGCUUUGCGUGGACUCUUGUGCCUCUGCACUCGAGGCCUACCACGUCGAUGUGGUUUCCAGUUGCGCUGCAGAUAACUGGCCCGAAGAGAUGGAGGUCGACAUGCCGCUCGUUAUGAUCAGCGAGCUGCUGAGAUAUAACUACAACCUGACAUGCCUGACGGACAGCGGCCGCUUUUGCAAUAAUGUUGCCGCCGCUUUCGCUGCCUCACGCGAUCCGGAGGCGGCGAAUGUACAAGGUGCUCUGCCUGCCGGCGGCGACUUUGGUGACUACGUGCCGUCUGAUACGUGCGACGGCUGCUUGGUGAAGAACCUUCGGUUCCAAGCCGGAUCUCCUUACUUUGACGGACCAAGGCUGCAGGCUCAGUCAGUCUACGAGUCUCGCACGGCUGAUUGUGGCAUCACGGGAGCACCUCUCGUCACUACCACGAUCAGUCUGUUCACACAAACAACAGCGGCUCCGACGCCCACGCCGACCUGCACAGGAAAGACUUACUCCAUUCAGCCAGAGGACGAUUGUAAUUCCAUCUCCGUAGCACAGAGCAUUGGAACGGAGUGGCUCCUCUGGGACAACGACUUGCUGGCAUUCUGUCACCAGUUCCCUACCGAAGGAGAACUUUGCCUGGUCAACACUUGUGAUAUCUACACGGUUGUUGAAUCUGACACCUGUGACAAGAUUGCAAAGGCUCACGGCAUGACUGUGACUCAGCUACUAUCUUGGAAUCCUUCAAUCAACUCUGGAUGCUAUAAUCUCAAUCAAACCAUUGGCCAUCAAAUCUGCGUGUCGGUUCCGGGGACUCCUUAUGUGGAGCCAUCGCAGACAACUUUGCAGCCCUCAAUUCCCCUGACUGCUGCGCCGGUUCCCACGAAUGUUGCGGCCGAGACGAACACAUAUUGCGGCAGAUACUACACUGCUAUCCUUGGAGACUAUUGCAACUUAAUUGUUAUGAAAUUCGGAAUUUCCAUGGACGACUUCUUAUUCCUCAAUCCCGCAAUUAACGAGAAUUGUACCAACUUGUACGCCGAGGAGUCAUACUGCGUGCAGCCCGUCGGAGACUUAAACACGUACACCGGAAAGCCCGGACACAUCACCUUCGCGAUCACCAUGACGGGAACCGCCGAAGACUCUGCAACAACGCUGCCUGACAAUAUCUGGACGGCUCCAACUCCCACGACGACUCUGCUUCCCAUUGCUACCGGAACAAGGAAGGAUUGCUACCACUAUCUAACGGGAGACGACUGGCAGAAAGACAUGACCGGAAUGUACUUGGCAUCCAACUGCGCUCUUGCCGCCGAGGUCUUUGACGUUACCCUAGAAGACCUCGAAGUCUGGAACCCGAUACUCGGAAACGCAUCCGAUGAUGGAUGCUCAUUCGAGAGCGGUUUCCGCUAUUGUGCAAAAUGGUACACUGGCUCAAAGAAGUUCACAAACCCGGAUCCGCUGGACUCAAGCUUACCGGCUCGGGAUGGAAUGACAGAAAACUGCACUCAAAUUGUUGAGGUUGAUACCAACGGUAGCCCUUCAUGUUCAGAGAUUUUGAGUGAAUGGUCUCUGACCAUCGCUCAAUUCUAUGCGUGGAACCCAAGUGUAGGCCCAGAGUGCGGUGGUAUGUGGGCAGGGUACUACUACUGCAUCAGAACCUCAGAUUUCGUGGAACCGUCAGCGACAGCAACCAUUACGACUUCAACAUCAGCAAUCGCUUCGUCGACCGCAGGCCCAACACCUCCUGCAGCAACUCACGACGGCCAACCAGCUAAUUGCAACAAGUGGCAUGUGGUCACUGGCGGCGACUGCUCCACGGUCGAGGCGGAGUACGGUCUCACGCAUGCCCAGUUUCUGGCUCUGAACCCUGCUGUAUCAGAAGACUGCCUCACAAACUUCUGGGGUGGUUACGCAUACUGCGUCGGUACGAGCGACAGCGUGACCACCACCGGCGGCUCGGGGGUAACCUCCACUUCGGCGCCGGUAUCCACUCCGACUCCCACCAACGGCCCCGUUGCGGCACCGUCGCCAAAUCAGGCGGGCAACGCGAUCGCAACGUGUAACAAGUACGCCCAGGCUCCAUCAGGCGACUGGUGUUCAGCCUUCAUCGAGAGGUACGGUCUCGCGGCUGCAGACUUUUACAGUUGGAAUACGGUGCUCGGAACCAACGGUGAAAAUUGUGGCACCAGCUUCUGGGGGACUUAUUGGUACUGUAUUGGUGUUGCGGCGUAA